AUGGUUGCCCUGCUCUGGCCCUUGGUGGUCACUGGUUUACAUGAUGUGAUCCGAUGCCGAGGUGCGCAUGCCCACUAAGAGGACGCAGCGGCUCCAUGUGUGUUGAGGCGCAUUAUUUGGCAACAGACGCGGCAGUGGGGAGGGCCGAAAAAAAAAAAAAAGAGGAUAUCCCCUGGAUUUCAAAAAAAGCAACGAUUUAUCGAGGUUAACUGCAGAUUAAACAUUCCCCGGUCGACCAUCGGUGAAGAAGAGGGGACAAAGCUUCAAAGGAAUGUCUGAGGAGGCUGUCCGCCAGACACGCAGCCAAAAGAGGGCUCUGGAGAGGGAGGCUGCUCCACAAUCCGUGGAACUUUCCAACGCUGACAAUGACAGCAAAAAACCCAAGCUGGACCCAUCCGAACCUCCAGCAGGGGCACAAACUAAAUCUAAGCCGGACCUUUUGCCGGCGCAGGACAUUGAGCUCCGGACUAGACCUGGUUCUGAUCACGAGCAGGAGCCGGAGCAGGACAGGUUGCCGUUAUCUUUAGUGUCACCCUUGGCUUCACAGCUGAUGAAGGAUGAUCAGGAUCGAACACAGAGACAGCAGACAGCUGAACCCGGCUCAGACAAUCGAACUGACUGCAAUGACAAAGCCAGUCGGGCCAAGACGGAGCCGGCCAUGGACACACGGAGCCGGGUCCGGCAGACGGAGGCGAAGGUGUCGAGCGGCAUGCUGGCUGCGGGCGAGGUGAAGGCCACUAUUAAAGUAGAAGUUCAGACGGAGCAGCCAGUGGACAUGAGCACCUCCAGGGGCAGCAUCAAAAAGGAGAAGCGCCCUCCAUCUCCUGAAGAUGAUGACGUCAUCAUCUUGUCUGAUAACGACUCCCCCAGUCCUCCGAUGAACGGCCUGAGCCACUUUAAAGAGCUGGACACAGACCUUCUAAUGAAGAGCAGUCCAGCGGAAAGGAAGCAUAUCAUUAAGCAGCUGAAGGAGGAGCUGAGACUGGAGGAGGCCAAGCUGGUGCUGCUGAAGAAACUUCGACAGAGCCAAAUACAGAGGGACAACUUGCAGAAGCCUUCAGGUUUGUCCGGUUCCUCUGCCCCGCCACCUCUAAUUCGAGGAACUAGUGCAAGCAAUAAAAGCUCUCCACAGAUUCUGACAGGAAGAAGUUCAGGCACGGUUAUUCCACCACCACUGGUUCGAGGAGGCCAGCAGGCUUCUUCUAAACAUGGCUCCCAGAUCAUUAUGCCACCUCUGGUUAGGGGGGCCCAGCCCAUCUCUGUAUCUCCACAGCAGAUCCAGGCCCUCCGCCAACAGCAACAGCAGCAGCAGUUGGCUGCAACGGGAGGUUCAGGAUCAGGACCUCCUCCUCUGCUGUUGGGCCCCAGGACCUCGGCCCCCGCAGCCCAGAGAGGCCUGGUCCAAUCAGGCCUCAUCAGAAUCGGCAGUAGUGCAAACACACUGGUGUCACCGAGCGGGUUGAAGGGCUCCUCCUCAGGAAGCAGCAACGUGUCGGUGGUGAGCGUUAACGACUCUCCUGCCAGCCGCCAAGCAGCAGCUAAACUCGCCCUGCGAAAGCAACUGGAGAAGACUCUCCUGGAGAUCCCCCCACCCAAGCCACCUGCGCCAGAGUUCAACUUCCUGCCCUCAGCAGCCAAUAAUGAGUUCAUCUACCUGGUGGGGCUGGAGGAAGUGGUCCAGAACCUGCUUGAUACCAUCCAUAGAAGUAAGACAGGUUUACAUCUGUCAAAGGCCAUCCUCCGAGACCCUUUCAUCUGCACCCAAUGCAAUACUGACUUCACCUGUCGUUGGAGGCAGGACAAGGCUAAAGGCGGGGCCGUGCUCUGCGAAGACUGCAUGUCCUCCAAUCAGAAAAAGGCUUUAAAAGCGGAGCAUACCAAUAGGCUGAAAGCUGCGUUUGUCAAAGCGCUGCAGCAAGAGCAAGAAAUAGAGCAGCGCAUUAUCCAGCAGGCAUCCUCSCCAGUUUCUCACAGUACCUCGUCAUCCUCUUCAUCUGCCACUUCGUCGCUGAAGGCAGAGCAGCUGGUGUCUCAGCAGCUAAAACAGGCCAGAGUGUCGUCCCUCCAGCACCACCACCAGGCCAGCCGAGGAGCCAGCAUCAUCCAUCAUCACUCCAUCAAGAGCUCGCAGGGCCACCUGUCCCACGGCGUCUCGUCGGUGGGGCUGCGAGGUGUCCCCCACUCCUUCUCGUCCUCCUCCCAGCUGCAGAGCGCAGUGGCGGCCGCGGCUCUGGUCAGCCGGCCAGGUAAGCAUGCCCAUGUUUCCCACCGCUCUGUGCAGAGUGCAAAGGUGAGCAGCACUGGGAUCAGCGGCGGCAAGAGUGUCAGCGGAGGCAGUGCCUCAUCCACUGCAUGGAAGAAGCAGAGCAACAGCAACGCAGGUGUGACCAUGGCCUACGUGAACCCCAGCCUGACAGGCCACAAGACCUCAGCGACCGUGGACGCCCGUCAGAGGGAGUACCUGCUGGACAUGAUCCCCUCUCGGUCUUCGAUUUCGCAGACGGCAAACACGUGGAAAUGAUGUGGUUCCAAGGCACUCCUCCAUUCAGAUGUCAUGUCCAAGGUUCCUCAGCUCCAAUAAUAAGGUCCACAGCACCCCCUGCAGGACUGUUAGGCAGUUACAAUCCUUAAAAGUGAAGAAACGUUCCUUAAACACCUUUUUGUAUAAUUUUAUGUUUUAGUUUUCAUUUAUUUUUAUUUUUUUUAAGUUCACUGUUUUGGUAAUUAUGCAGAAACUGUUUUGAUUUGACUGGGAUAAAAGAAAAGAAAAAAACUACUUGAAGGGCUUCCUCUGAGCUCUGUCCUCCAGACUGAGUCAUUAAAUUGUGUGAUAAGAGGCUACGUCUGCUGUGAGUACCAUGAUUAUAAAUGAGUACUCUGUUUUAGGCUUUUAGCCUUUUCUGCCAUUAUAUGGGUCAGAUGGACCCAAGAUUUUGACACUUGAAUGAUUGUCAUACCCCAAGAGUUCAUGUUAAACAAAAACAUUUAUUUUAGGUAGAAAGUGAAAAAAUAAAUAUUCAAGUUGUAAAAAUUUCCAUUACAUCACCUGUGUAGUUAAAGGUUUGACUUUAUUUUGCAUUUACAGUAAGUUAUUUUGUUUUGAACUGGUGUUUAAAUCACUCAGUAUAAUGUGGUUUCCACCGAUGAAGAGUUAAUUCUCACUUCCUAUUUUUUUUCUGUUUUCCCAUUUAACAGCAUGCCUACCCUCACAUCUGUUUUGCACCUUAGCUUGAAAAAGCUCGGUGUCAUUGCUUAUUUCAUCUGUAAUUACCAUCUGUAAUUUGCUUAUUUUAUAAUAAUGUCGACAUUGUAAGAUUAUUUUAGUUGUUACGUCAUUACAGAGAAUUUGCAAACUCUGAAAGGAGCUAUUUUCGCCACACUGGAGCCAGAGAUUUUGCCUCAGAUGUUUAUCAGUAAUCCGGGAUAAACGCUGACACAAGCCGGUUUCCUAAAAAAUAAAACUUAACAGCAUCAACAACGACACAAGAACAACUUGAAUUCCUCACCAUGUUGCAUCAUUUCUCUGCUUUCCAUUAAUCUUAAUUACAUUGUUCAAAGUUAUGUUAAAACUUUGGUUUACUUUUUUCCUAGCUCCUAAAGAAAUAAUAAAAAUAUAUAAAUUUUAAA